CAUUCACUACCACAGGAACGUGCGAGAGGCUUCAUAAUCAUUCAGGCGGGGUAAAGGUCUGUGUCUUUGGCUCAUCCUCAUAAGACCUUCUGAUCGUACACCCAAUUCUACUCAUUGCAUACUCACCACGACUAACUGCUAGAACAACAAAAAUGGCCCCUUCAACCCGACUACGAUCCAGGCCAGAGCGCCGCAUCAACUAUGCCGACACUUCGGAAGCAGAGCUCGAAGCUGGCACUCAAGUGCCGUCUCAGCCUGUCGCAUCAACUCAAAAGCGUGGGAGUAAGCAUGCUCUUCGCGUGUACAACAUACACGCCUCAUCUGGAUCUCCGGAUGCCUCUCUCAUAGUUGCUCCCAAACGCGCCGCUCGUAUCAAGGCUGGCGCGGUCGUCAAACCGAAAACAGGACCGAAGGCGCGCAAGAAGGCUCCGAUACCGCAGAAGAAGGAGCGGCCGUCAAAGCAAGAGUGCUCGAUCUGCGCGACACAAAAGACCACUACUCGUUCAUUCAAAGCUCCUCGUGAUGCUUGUGAGCAUCUUCAGUCUAUCUGUAACUUGUGCGUUGCAAAGAUGCUCAAGACAAAAGUCGCUGAACGCCAGCUUGGGGAGGCUGAGCUGAGCUGCCCCUUCCCCGAAUGUGGUCAUCUGCUAGACUAUACGGCUCUCCAGGCCAUUGUCAGUAAAGCUGCGUUCGAAGACUAUGACAAAGCCGUUACAAAGCACGCUCUAUCCAUGGGAGAGUCGUAUGUGUCCUGCCUUUCCACAGCCUGCGGAUUGCACUUCUCAACUCAAGACUGCGAGAACAACAAGCAUGGCAAGCAGCUGGUCGCAUGUCCCUACUGCGACUACGAGAUCUGUCUGAAGUGUAACAGGCCGUGGAAGUCGCAUGGAAAAGGCAGUUGUGAUCAGGCGAAGAAGGCAGAAGAAGAGCUGUGUGUGAAUGCUGUCAGGAAAAUGGGAGCCAAACCAUGCCCUAACUGCGGUGUGAACAUCCAGAAGAACGGAGGAUGCGAUCAUGUGACUUGUGGAAAAUGCCACCAUGACUUCUGCUGGGUGUGCCUCGCCGGAUACACCAACAACAUUCGGCACCGCGACGACUGCCCUCACGCGCGGGUUUACGUUGCUGCCGAACCUGGCAACUGGGCUCAGGACAAUUUGACCGAUGCGCAGAUUAACAACUUGAUCGCCCAAGCAGCCGCUCGCCUCGAUGAUCCUACUCAUACUCCUGUGGCUGCUCCUGCACCCGCCCUUCAACAGCCACCAGUGCCAGCUCUACCCGCAAUCCCACCUUUCGCUGGCAUCAUCGUUGGAGGGUUUCUGGAUGUCGUUAGAAGGGCUCGCGACGGCGGCGGCGAAAAUGCAGGUUGAUUGCCUAAUCAUGGUCCUUCACUCCUUCUGGAACUUAGUCCCGGUCUUGAUGUUGGUGUACACGUAGCGAGAAGGUGGCUAGGAGUAUGGGUAUAGCGUGUGUUAUGGAAGCCAGGAGUGACUCGUUGUCAGUAAUGGGCUUUCGCGAUACCAUAGGUUAAGGUGAAUGGCAACCGUACCCGUGCAGAAGAGUGUACUCUAAGUAUAUACUCUUAUGAAAU